AUGUCUCCCUACACCGCCAUUGCCUUUGACAUGGGCGAUGUGCUGUUCAACUGGAAUCCCCAGGCCGCUACCGAGAUCUCAGUGCAAAGUCUAGGCCAAAUCACCAAGUGUGAUCUCUGGGACGAAUUCGAGCGCGGAAAUGUCACUCCUCACGACUGUUAUCAUCAACUAGGGCGUGAUUUCAAUCUGGACCCUUCGAAGAUUGCAGCAACAUUCCUGCAAACCACAGGCUCACUCACGCCGAAUGAGACCAUGUCGGCUAUUGUACGCGAGCUCAAGUCGCAGGGCCUCCUGAUCUACAUGAUGACGAAUAUUCCGCGGCCAGAUUUUGACACUUUACGAGCCACGGACUACAUGUGGGAUGUAUUCGAUGGGGUUUUCGCCUCGGGGUACCUCGGCAUGCGAAAGCCAGAUGCAUGCUUCUAUAAACACGUCUUCCAAUCGACCGGGGUUCCUCCUGCAGAGAUGAUCUUUGUGGAUGACAAGUUGGAGAAUGUGGUAACCGCUCGGGAGCUUGGCAUGGCGGGCAUUCAUUUCAAAGAUACGACACAAGCGUGCCAGGAGAUCAAAGACCUGGUUGAUCGAGAUAUUCGUGAUAAGAAGGCAUGA